AACAGUACAUGAUCAUCUCGAAUUACAUCCUUCUCUCCUCGUUGCUUUACGCAUGUUUGAUAUGGUAAAAUUGAACUAAUAUAAAUAAUAACAUGUCGCUAGCCCUUGGAAUGUGUGAAACACCUGGCUGUAACGCUGUUGCGAGUUUACAAUGUCCUACUUGCUUGAAAAUUGGUAUCCAGGGUUCAUAUUUUUGCAGUCAAGAUUGUUUCAAGGGAAGUUGGAAAACACAUAAAGUUAUUCAUCAAUUAGCAAAAGGAGAAAAUGGAAACAAAGUUUCCGACAAUUAUAAUCCCUGGCCAAACUACAAUUAUACAGGAAAAUUGCGACCGCAUAAGAAGGAACAACGCAGGGAGGUUCCUGAUUGCAUCAAUCGACCAGACUAUGCCUUACAUCCGACUGGAGUACCACUUAGUGAACAAGCCGUAAGAGGUUCUGGUCAAAUAAAAGUUCUUGAUGAUGAGGAAAUUGAAGGCAUGAGGGUUGCGUGCAAGCUCGGUCGAGAAGUAUUGGAUGAAGCUGCAAAGACAUGUGACGUUGGCGUUACUACUGCUGAAAUUGAUAGAGUAGUGCACGAAGCUUGCAUUGAAAGGGAUUGCUACCCAUCGCCAUUAAAUUAUUAUCAGUUUCCAGCUAGCUGUUGUACUUCUGUCAAUGAAGUGAUUUGUCAUGGUAUACCUGAUACCCGACCUUUACAGGAUGGAGAUAUUUGUAAUGUUGAUGUUACAGUAUAUCACAAUGGUUUUCAUGGAGAUUUAAACGAGACCUUUUUGGUGGGUAAUGUAAAACCGGAAGUGAAGAAAUUGGUGGAGGUGACAUACGAAUGUCUGUCUAAAGCUAUUGAUAUUGUGAAGCCUGGUGAAAAAUACCGAGAGAUUGGUAAUGUCAUUCAAAAACACGCUCAGGCUCAUGGCUUCAGUGUGGUUCGCAACUAUUGUGGUCAUGGAAUUCAUCGUUUGUUUCACACCGCGCCAAAUGUUCCGCACUAUGCCAAAAACAAAGCAGUGGGUGUUAUGAAACCAGGACACUGUUUCACAAUCGAACCGAUGAUAUCCCAAGGCACUUGGAAGGACGAAACGUGGCCUGAUAAUUGGACAGCCGUUACAUUAGAUGGUCAGUGGUCGGCACAAUUUGAGAAUACGCUUUUAGUAACGGAAACUGGUUGUGAUAUUCUCACAAAACGGCUUGCAAAUGAUAGCAGGCCAUGGUUCAUGGAUCGUUUGUAGUAAUAAUGUAUUUCCUUAAUUUUCAAUUCCUACAAUAUAUUUAAAUCUGAAACCUGUUCAAAUUGAUUAUGAGAAAUAUAAUGUAAUCUAUUGUAUCUUGUAUCUAUAUUUUACAAAAUAUAAUAACAUUUUAGUUUUGCGAA